CCAAAACCUACUUCAAAUUCAUGUCCCUCUACAAGACCUAUGUACGCAACUUCUUCGGAAUCUGAUUCUCAAAUUUCAUUUGCGCCAUCCUCUGUUGUUGGCCUGGAAGAUGAGGCAAAAACGUUGAUGGAUGAUUUGUGCAGCGAGAGCGCACCAACACCAACACACUGUUCUCUUUUAUCUAGAUCUGAUGACAUCUUAGAGGUUGUACCCCAUGUUAUAUCUGAGCCAGACACCUCUGUCAAUUUGGGCAUCGAAGCAGUGUUCACACCUUACAAUCUAACACUUAUGGUUGUGCCUCAGGUUCGAUAUGUCCUUGUUCCCAAGUUUGCACCCCAUUUGUUUGGUAAUAUGCCUGAGAAAAAGGAACUGCAAUCCAACUUGUCUAACUCGCAAUUCAGACAAUUUAUUCCAUGCCACUGGAAGUUGUUUCAAUCACGGCUAGUUCAUCCAGAAAUCACACUCCAUCAAUUUCAUGGUGUUUGGCGAAAACAAUUUGAUCCUGGCAUCAACAAGAUGGAUGCUAGUGUUUCAAAACAGGAGUCUCCACACUCUUUUCCAUGUGCUUUUAUUAGAUAUUCAACACUCACUCUCCUUGGUUUAAUUUGGAAGCCUUUUGAUCCUGGUAUUUUGAGGCAACUGAAGUCCUUUAUCGUGAUGUGAACUCGAGGUCGAGUUCUUUACAAGAAGAGGAGACUGAUGUAGGAGCUUUUUAAGAUAAUUUUAGUAUUUUAGUAAUUUUACUUAUUUGUAAUUAAGAUCUUUUAGGAUCUUAAUUAUUUUUUGUUAGGAACUUAUUUAUUUUCAAUUAGGAUCUUUUAUUUUCAAUUAGGAUCUUUUAGGAUAUUAUUUAUUUUACUAUUAGGAUAUUUUCUUUUCUUAUUUAAGCACUUGUAAGGCAUAGCCUAUUUGAGUUUUGAUUGAUAAUAAAAUUUAAGAGUUUUCUCUUCUUCUCUGGUGGAUUCCAGUGUAUUUUCUAGGGUUUUAGCGCUUGCUAAUUUCCUUUCUGGUGGAUUCCAGAAACCUUUUCCUUAGGAUUUGCGCUUGCAAUCCUAGUACGACUUCCGCUGCAUCAUUAACCUUAAUAGAGUAUGUACUCUGUUAGGUUGUUAUGUUAGGCAGUUAGAGGUUGUUAUGAUUCUGUAACUGCAAGCAUUAGCUUGCUCAGCAAGCUAUGACUUGCAUACUAUAAAUAGCACAAGCUAUUGCUAUUGUAACUACCAAUAACAGAAUAUACAAUUCAGUUAGAUCUGUUCUCUCUCUCUCCUCUCUCUCUCUUUCUCUCUCUCUGAAUUAUCACAGUUCUAUUAAACCUCAUUAGAGAAUACACAAGAAACCACCGGAAAGUGCUUAGAAUGGAACAAAAACGUGCAAAUUAAAGUAGAA